UUUGCAGUCAGCAUCACACAGGGUGGACCACCACCAAACUUUUUAAUGCAGUGGUGCUACAAGUACAUGUCAAAUGGGGAAAUCGACCAGGAUGGAUUAAAUGAAAAUGAUGUUACUGACCCUGAACUUAUGGAACUCAUGAAAGAGAUUAAAGAAGCAGAUGAAACAACACUGAUGACCUACACCGACAGGAUUUUGUUGUGUGGAUACACGGGACCAAUAACCAUUCAAAAGAAGGAAGACAUCCUUCGCUCAACAGUCUUGCAUGCCACGAUGAGGUUGCUGCCUAUGCUUCAGCAGAUCUGCUCAGGAAUGAAGCUAUAUGGUCUCCUCAGCCUGGUCCAGCAGGAAAAAGACAUCUGCAGGCAACUGUUUGUGCCUGGAUCUUUUGGCAAGGUGGAUGCUGACUUUCUAGUCCAGUCACUGUCACCCGUCUUCAGUGAAAGUGGAACAAUGAAGCGUCAAAGGGAGAACAGAAUAGUCAACUUUCUUCAGGACUUUGUUCAGGACAUGGAUGAUCAGGAAGACACAACAGGAGGUGAGCAGUCUGAAGAGUUCAAAAUGGAUGCAAACCCGGAGAGAACAGAAGGGAACUUCAACAGUCAGUGGCUUAAUGUUGGCAAAUUUUGCCAGUGGCUGACUGGACAGCGUCACAUCCCAUUGAGUCCUACUGAGCGUGGGACAUUCAAAAUAGUCAUGGAAUUUGACCACGACUGCAGUGCACGUUUUGGAAAACAUAGCAUUUGCUACCCUGUGGUUAAUGCAUGUUCUUGUUCUAUCACAUUCCCAGUGUCACAUUUAACCACGUACUUGGAAUUCAAAACUGUCAUUUCACAGGCUAUUAUCCAUGGAAAUGAAUUUGGACGACACUAA